AUGUGGACAAAUACGGAAUUCUCCCUCGAUUGCUACUUUCGACAGAAAUGGCUCGACCGACGAUUAGCGUUUACUCCUAUCAAUCCGGAUAAGCCGGUGAUGCCGCUAGCUAGCAAAAUGCUUAAGGACAUAUGGGUACCUGACACCUACAUUCGAAAUGGACGUAAGUCCUACCUGCACACACUUACCGUUCCGAAUAUUCUCUUCCGAGUACGGUCAGACGGACAGGUUCACGUCUCGCAGAGGCGUGUCCCAAUAGAAAUAGGCUCCUUGGGCUAUUUCACCAACGAUCUCAUCUACUAUUGGAAGGAUGUGGACCUGGACGCGAAAAUGGGCAAUAUGCUGUCACAGUACAAAAUCCUUGGCCUGUUCAAAUCCGAGCACAAUCUCUCCGACUAUCGACAAACACAUCGAAAUAUUUCCGUAUUGAAAGUCUACUUUAAACUACAACGUCAACAAGGCUAUUACGUGCUACAGAUCUAUACCCCAUGCACCCUUUUGGUGGUGAUGUCGUGGGUAUCCUUUUGGAUCAACAAGGAAGCCUCACCAGCUCGAGUCGCUCUAGGGAUCAUGACAGUGUUGUCGAUGUCCACGCUGGGUUUUGGUCUGCGCACUGAUCUACCAAAAGUGUCUCAUUCCACGGCACUUGACAUCUACAUUUUCUGCUUUGGAUUCGUGUUCGCCGCCAUGGUUGAGUACGCCGUCAUCAACUACGCACAAAUCGUUUAUAUCCGAAAGCAAGUGCACGAUCUGAAAGGUCUUGAGUCGAAUCGAGCGGUAAGCAAAAUUCUACGCACAUCUGGAGCCUGA